AAAACCCAACACGGCAUAAAAAAACUAAAGCGUGACUUUGCAAAAUAACCCUAAAUUCUUCAACAUUUUGUUGAUCCCACAAAGAAUCGUGAAUUACAAAACACUGCUUAAGUAGGGUAUUUAAACACAAUAAUAUUUUCCCGGGGACGGGAAUUUUUGAAGGUUCAAAUGCACCGGAGGGAUGUUAAAGCUUCGAGUUGAUCGAUCGAAGAAUUACAUGCUAAUGUAUUCACUUUAGCAAAACGAUAUUAAUUUUAGACUUAAAUGUGGUGACACGUCAGUUAUUGUUUUUUUUUCCUGGUUUUCUAAGCAACUUUUGUUAAUGUUGUAUUUCGCACUGUGGCCAAAUUAAUCCCCAUAAUGAACGGUUGGAAAUAUUAGCGGUUGAAGCUUUGUUUAGAAGCUUAUCAUACAGGCUUCCUUAACGAUCUUUAGGAAAAUAACAAAACGGCGGGCAACGAAGCGUGGAACCAGGAAUAUUGAGCAAUUAUUUGUAAUUGAAAUUUUAAAUUCAGGAAGAUUUAUUGCAUUGUUGCCAGUCACUCUAACUCGAGCUUGGCAGGAAUCGAAAUGUUUGCCGUAUUGACGAAAUAUUUGGCCGGUUUCGAUGUUGAGUGAUCACGAAUUGGAUCAAGGAACAAAAGGUGACAUCCUAGUAAGUGGAAAUGACGAGCUUCAUGCAUGCGAUCUGCGUUUGUUCGGCGACACUGGCUGGAAUAUUGUCUUUACUGGCUAUGGUUGCUAAUGGUAUGCUACUUUACGUCAUGUACAAGGAUCCCUUACGCUGCUUUCGUAAACCAAUUUCAGUUCUCAUCGCUGCCCUGGCCGCAAACGACUUAUUGACUGGAUCUGUUAUAAGCGGUCUUCACAUACGUAACGAAAUAUCUUGUGAAAUUCAUGCGGAUGAAACGACGACCCGCACGAGUUUUGAAAGUAUCAUCGGUCUAUUUGCUAUCAACAACGGCACGUUUCUUGUCAUGAGCUUGUCCGUGGAACGUUUGAUCGCCGUGGCCCUACCGUUUUACUACCGUGCGACGGCGAGCGGUAGAAAAACCUUGGCAUGUGCACUAUGCGUUGUGGCAUAUUCCGUGGCUUUCUGUUUGCUUCGAUUCACUGGAAUUCCACAGGGAAUUUACGACAUGUUGCAAGUUCAUUUGAAUAUGAGUUUUCCACUCGUGGCUGUUAUUAUUUUUAACUUCUUAUUGCUAAAAGUUUUACGUGGGUACAGACGGCGUGCGUGCUCUAUGAACUCUGACGCUAGCGACAGUGCGGUCUCAGCAAACGAAAAAAGAUUCGAUAUUGAUAAACAGUUCGCUUUUACAGCCAUUCUCAUAGUUCUUUUCCUCUUUAUUUCACAUUUGCCAUAUUAUAUAAUUACUCUUGUAGAGGUACACUGUACUCAUUGUGAAGGGAUAUGGCUCGUUUCGUGUCGGCGAAUCUUGUUACCAUUUCUCUAUAUCAACGCCGCCUGUAAUCCAUUUACCUACACGUUUCGCAUUCGCCAAUGCCGUCGGUCUCUCAAACUUCUCUUUUUUAAAUGGCAAGAAACGAUUGAGGUUUCUCCGAGAGCUCCAGCGACACCAGACUCUACAAGAAGUCCAAUCGCUCUACGAAAGAUUUCACAGAUAUGUCCGAAAACUGGUAAAAUUGUUGAAACGUUCGGGGAUAGACACAUAGCUGACGAUUUUGAUUUGGGAAUUGAAAAUCCACAAGAGAUCACGGAUGAUUUUGACUCUGAUGUCUGGGAUACUAAACUGUGAUAACUAAAUUAAUUUUGUUAUUAAAGCCUGGGUUUACCUUAGUCCCUUUGCAUCGACACGAAAUGAUGCAUUCAGGGAUCGAAAAUCA